AAAAAACUGGAGAGGGAUCCCAUUUACUACCUACUGCGUCCGGAUAAACAGAAGCAUCUCUCUCUCUCUCUCUCUCUCUCUCUCUUCGUCAUCGUCCCUCCUACGGCAAUGUCUUCGACACCGAUCGGAUCAAUGGAAGAAGAAGAAGGAGAAGAAGAGACAAGGAAUGCUGUGAAAUUCGGGAGUCCCGAGGCAUUAGAAUAUGUACGGAAGCUAACGGACGUGGGAGCAAUGACGCGGCUACUCCACGAGUGCAUUGCCUACCAAAGAGCACUAGAUGUUGACCUGGAGAACAUCCUCUCCCACCGCAGCGAUCUCGACAAACAGCUCUCCAACCUCCAGAAAUCCGCCGACGUCCUCGAGAUUGUCAAGGCCGAUUCAGACUACAUGCUCUCCAAUGUCCGAUCCACUUGUGAUCUUGCCGAUCAGGUCAGCGGCAAGGUCCGUGAGCUCGAUCUCGCCCAAUCCCGUGUCAACGACACCCUCCUCCGCAUAGACGCCAUUGUCGACAGGGCCAAUUGCCUCGACGGCGUCAAGAAAGCCCUUGACUCCGAAGACUUCGAGUCCGCCGCCAAUUAUGUCCAAACUUUCCUUCAAAUUGAUGCCAAGUACAACAAGGAUUCCGAUGAUCAGAGGGAGCAGCUCUUGGCUUCCAAGAAGCAUCUAGAAGGCAUUGUCCGGAAAAGAUUAUCAGCGGCUGUGGAUCAGCGUGACCAUCCCUCAAUUCUCCGUUUUAUCAGAUUAUUCCCCCCUCUCGGCCUCGAGGAAGAAGGGCUGCAAGUCUACGUAACCUAUUUGAAGAAAGUCAUUGCCUUGAGAUCCAGGCUCGAGUUUGAGCAAUUGCUGGAACUCAUGGAACAACAACAACAAUCCUCCUCUGUAGCAGCAGCAGCAAAUCAGCAGCAGGUAAACUUCGUUGCUUGUUUGACCAACUUAUUCAAAGAUAUUGUCUUGGCAAUCGAAGAAAAUGGCCAGAUUUUGCGGAGUCUAUGCGGAGAGGAAGCUAUCGUUUAUGCAAUAUGUGAACUUCAAGAGGAAUGCGAUUCUAGGGGUUCUUUAGUUUUGAAAAAGUACAUGGAUCAUAGGAAAUUAGCUAAAUUAACCUCGGAGAUCAACUCUUAUAAGAGUAGUAAUAAUUUGCUCUCUGCCGGAGUUGAAGGGCCUGACCCCAGAGAGAUUGAGUUGUACUUGGAAGAAAUAUUGUCCCUUACACAACUGGGUGAAGAUUACACCGAGUACAUGAUCUCAAAGAUCAGGGGUUUGAGUUCGGUCGAUCCCGAGUUGGGUCCAAGAGCCACAAAAGCCUUUAGGAGUGGAAAUUUCAGCAAGGUUGCUCAAGAAAUUACUGGGUAUUAUGUGAUAUUAGAGGGAUUCUUUAUGGUGGAAAAUGUGAGGAAGGCUAUCAACAUUGACGAGCAUGUACCUGACAGCCUCACCACUUCAAUGGUGGAUGAUGUCUUCUAUGUUUUGCAAAGUUGCUGUAGGAGGUCUAUGUCUACUUCAAACAUUAACUCUGUCAUUGCAGUACUUAGUAGUGCAGUGAGCUUGUUGGGCAGCGAGUAUAAUGAAGCAUUGCAGCAUAAAAUGAGGGAGACCAACCUUGGGGCAAAGCUAUUUUUGGGUGGCGUGGGUGUGCAAAAGAUUGGAACAGAAGUUGCUACGGCUCUGAAUAAUAUGGAUAUUAGUAGUGAGUAUGCACUAAAAUUGCGACAGGAGAUUGAAGAGCAAUGUGCAGAGGUGUUUCCCGCACCAGCAGAUAGAGAGAGGGUGAAGUCCUGUUUGUCUGAAUUGGGCGAGAUGAGCAACAGCUUCAAAAAAGGCUUGAAUGUUGGAAUGGAGCAAGUUGUAGCGACUGUGACACCUAGGAUCCGUUCAGUCUUAGACAGUGUGGCAACAAUCAGUUACGAGCUGUCUGAGGCUGAAUAUGCAGACAAUGAGGUGAACGACCCAUGGGUCCAGAGACUUCUUCAUUCAGUUGAGUCUAAUGUAGCAUGGUUCCAGCCACUAAUGACUGCAAAUAAUUAUGAUUCAUUUGUUCAUCUUGUCAUUGACUUCAUUGUGAAGAGGCUUGAAGUGAUCAUGAUGCAAAAGAGGUUCAGUCAGCUUGGCGGUCUUCAGCUUGACAGAGAUGCCAGAGCUCUAGUGAGCCAUUUCUCAAGCAUGACGCAGAGGACUGUUCGAGACAAGUUCGCUCGCCUCACCCAGAUGGCAACUAUCUUGAACUUAGAAAAGGUUUCUGAGAUUCUGGAUUUCUGGGGUGAGAAUUCUGGACCCAUGACAUGGAGACUUACUCCUGCUGAGGUUCGGAGAGUGUUGGGUCUGAGGGUUGAUUUUAAACCUGAAGCAAUCGCUGCUCUUAAGUUGUAAUCCUUAUCUGUAUAGUACCUUGAAUAUUGUUUCUACCUUUUUACCUACUACUUUAUUUACCUUGAAUUUACUUUGUUAAUCUUACAUCAGAGGGAGGCAGAUCAACAAAAGUGGAAAAUUUUCCCAGAACGAGCUUUUUUGAAUUCUACUUUCGGCUCAUUUGUGCUA